AAGUAUUUGACAACAAAAACACACAAACAAUUUUACAGUUGGCCUUUGUUGAUUCAAAUAUCACGGAGAGUGGACAACAUUUCGCUGCUUAUGAUUCCUUGAAGCGACUUGCAAAUUUGUCUGAAAAUUAAAUGUGUUUCGUCCAUGAUGAAAGAGAGGAUCUGCGCCGCUCUGUUUCUGUUUGUGUUGGUCCUGCAGGUGGAGUCAUGGAGCCCACCGGAUGAGCCGUACAUUUGGCGCAAUGGAUAUGCAGGGCACGGCACCACCCACGAGAAAAUGGGCAAGGGCCACUUUGAGGAAGUUCACUUCUCGAAGUUUGUGCCCACAACGAACUACUCAAAGAGAGCGAAGAAUCCCAGCAUGUGGGUGGACAUUGUGUUCAAAAUGUCACGCACUUUCUUCGACAAAAUGUUCCCCAUGGAUCCGUCAAUACCCAGGGGCUACAUCAAAUUCUUGGGCACGGAUAACAUGAAGCUGGGUCCGAAAGUCGAAAAAGAAGAUUGGGCCCAGUGGCUUAACGCCUACUGGCUGAUGUGGGCCUGGGUCCUGGUCCAGGUGGCCCUCAUUCUCGCCAUACCCUUUAUAGGGUGA